ACUGAGAUUUGCCCCAGAAAGCAACAUACCUUCUCAUUUGCAAAACACUUACUUUCUCUCUCUAACUCUCUCUCUCUAGAGAUCAUUCAUUCCUUCAUACUCAGCCACAGCUUCUAGAUUUCUUUUUCUUCCUUAAAAAAAAAAAAAAAGAAAAAAAAAUGACGCUGUCAGAAAAAGCAACAUGCAAUUCUCACGGCCAAGAUUCUUCCUACUUUCUCGGAUGGGAGGAGUACGAGAAAAACCCGUACGAUGAUUCAACCAAUCCCAAUGGAAUUAUCCAGAUGGGUCUUGCCGAAAAUCAGCUAUCUUUUGAUUUACUAGAAAAAUGGCUGUCGGAAAAUCCGGAUGCAGCUGGGUUCAAGAGAAAUGGGCAGUCCAUUUUCAGAGAGCUUGCUCUCUUUCAAGAUUAUCAUGGUCUUCCUGCUUUCAAAAAUGCACUGGCACAAUUCAUGUCGGAAAUCCGAGGAAACAAAGUCAGCUUCGUUCCCGACAACCUCGUACUCACCGCCGGCGCCACGUCAGCAAACGAAACCCUCAUUUUUUGCCUCGCCAACCCCGGCGAAGCUUUUCUUCUCCCCAUUCCAUACUAUCCUGGAUUUGACAGAGACCUCAAAUGGCGAACCGGUGUCGAAAUAGUGCCCAUACAGUGCACCAGCUCGACCGGGUUCAGAAUCACUGAACCGGCUCUGGAAGAAGCUUACAAGCAGGCGCAGAAGCUUAACCUAAAAGUUAAAGGCGUAUUAGUGACUAAUCCAUCCAACCCGCUGGGCAUAACCCUGACCCGCCACGAGCUUAACCUCCUCGUCGAUUUCGCCGACGCCAAAAACAUCCACCUCAUCAGCGACGAGAUUUACUCCGGCACCGUCUUCAACUCGCCGGAAGAUUACGUCAGCAUAAUGGAGGUCCUCGUUGACCGGAACCUAGUCAACACCCCCCUCUGGAACCGGGUCCACAUUGUGUACAGCCUGUCAAAGGAUCUGGGCCUCCCGGGUUUCCGGGUCGGGUCGAUAUACUCGAACGACAAACGGGUCGUGUCGGCCGCAACGAAGAUGUCGAGCUUCGGGUUGAUUUCGUCGCAGACUCAGUACCUCCUCUCCGCCAUGCUUUCCGACGAGAAGUUCGCCGGGGACUACGUGGUUGAGAACCGGAGGAGGCUGAAGAACCGGCACGCGAUGCUGGUCCGGGGACUGAAGAAAACCGGAAUCACGUGCCUCGAGAGCAACGCCGGUUUAUUCUGCUGGGUUGACAUGAGGCAUCUGAUGAGAGAGAAAAGUUUCGAGGCGGAGAUGGAGCUGUGGAAGAAGAUUGUUUACGAGGUGGGUUUGAAUAUCUCGCCCGGUUCGUCUUGCCACUGCGCUGAACCGGGUUGGUUCCGGGUUUGUUUCGCCAACAUGUCUGAGGCCACACUGGAGCUUGCGAUACAGAGGAUUAAAACCUUCGUGAACGCCAUUAGUGGUCAAAAUCAAAGUCAAAAUCGAGUUUGCUCGAGGACAAAAUCGUCAAAAUGGGUUUUUCGGAUGUCGUUCAAUGGUCGUGAAAGUGAACGGUGAAUCCGGUUUGUGUGUGAACUCACG